AUGAUCCAUCCUGUAUUCAAGGAAUCCAGUACGACAACCAAGGUCCGGGUUGUCUUCGAUGCAUCGUGCAAGACAUCAUCAGGUUUUUCCAUCAACAACAAACAGCUUGUUGGUCCUGUUGUCCAGGAAGAUUUACUAUCGAUCGUAAUGAGAUUUCGUACGCACCCGAUCGCCAUAGUAGCCGACAUCGAGAAGAUAUACCGACAGAUUCAACUGCACCCCGAAGAUCUUGUACGGGGUGAAGGAGCCAAUUAUCCUGCCGCUGUCGAUGUUGUGAAACACGAUUUCUACGUCGACGAUCUUCUUUCUGGAGCUUCUAAUGUCCAAUCCGCUAUUCGUCGUUGCAAGGAAGUAUCCGCCAUGCUUGCGUCAGCUGGCUUCCCGCUGAAAAAGUGGGCAUCAAACUUCGUUGAAGUCCUCGCCGAAAUCCCAGAAGAAGAUCUCGCGUUAUCGCCGCUACAUGACCUCCAAGACGAACAGUCCGUUUAUACACUCGGACUCGUGUGGGAGCCGAAAUCCGACAUGAUGCGCUUCAAGGUUCAGUUACCGUUACCCGAAUCUGUCCUCACCAAACGAAAGGUGAUGUCGUAUUUUGCACAAAUCUUCGAUCCGCUUGGUCUUGUUGGCCCGAUCAUCACGGUUGCGAAGCUGUUUAUGCAGCGAUUGUGGGCACUGAAAACCGACAUAGGAGAUUCAUACGAGUGGGAUCGUCCGCUGCCUCCGCAUCUGCAAAGUGAAUGGAAGCUGUUUCAUGGUACAUUGAAUGCAAUUUCCGUCAUUCGCAUUCCGAGAUUUGUGUCGCAGGCCAUAAUCAAAUCCACCGUUCUUAAUUUCUUCUCAGAUGCUUCAGAGAAAGCUUACGGAGUAUGCUGCUACGUUCGUUUGGAAUCCGCUGAAGGAAUUCGUGUUCGAUUGCUAACGUCGAAAUCCAAGGUCGCUCCGUUAGCCACCCGUCAUUCCAUUGCGUACUUAGAGUUGUGUGCCGCUGUAUUAUCGGUUAACCUGUACGAGAAGGUGAUGAAUUCCCUUAAGGUAUCGUGCGUUUCGUUGAUUCGACAGUCGUUCUCCAUUGGCUUCAAUCGUCCCCAUCCCGUUGUAAGACGUUCGUGGCAAAUCGUGUUUCCACAAUUCAAUCCACCACCGCAUCCUGUACUUGGCGACACGUUCCCGGAGACUCCAACCCUGCAGAUCUCAUCUCUCGAGGUAUCAACCCAACUGAUAUCGGGAAUUUAG